AUGUAUGUUGUUGUAUCAGUAUUAGUUGUGCUACUUGCAUCAUCUUCGCUUGCCCAGAUUCAAGGAGAGUUGAAUUGCACUGCGUACAAUGGAACAUCGUUUGUCUACUCCGCAUCAGCGGUUGCAUGCUCAAACGUGCUGUCGGACCAAUACUGCCAAGUCGCUUACCCUUCUGCCAAUUCAUGGCUAGGUUACCCUGAAGAAGGAAGUUCUUUCCAAAGGCCAUUACUUUGUUUCACCACUGGUACGACAUCCUCAUCCCCUACUAGUAAAGAUGCAAAAACUGCCGCAAUUGCUCAUUGUCCAAAAACUUGCGGAUUGUGCUGUCAAACGAGUACUUACAGCUGCCAGAAUGCUCCAUUUCCUCGUCUCAACUGCGCUUCUGUCACCAAAGCAAUGUGCCUCUCAAUCACGUGGCGUCAAAUCCUUGCCGAAGAUUGCCCAAAUUUUUGUGGAUUCUGUGAUCUGAAUGGUUGUAUCGAUUUAGUCACUGGGUGUGAUAGUGAUGUUUCGAUUUGUAAUGCGAUCGGAAUGCAAGAAUUUGUGAACCUAAACUGUCGUAGAACUUGCGGAAGAUGUUCAGUGGCUACACCAAAACCAUGCAGCGGAAGAUAAUUUUAAAUUAGUUGUAUUGAAGUUGUUCACUGAGAAUUAAAUAAUAGAACAGAGAGUUUGAAA